CACGUUGUUGACGCGGCUCCAUUCAUUCCGCUGUGCUCUGACUGAGGCAGACGGAGCUCUAGCGGUCAAACUCGCCACCAACUCUGCAUCCUCCGUCCUCAAAGUAAAGCACCGGGGCAGUUGCUGCUCCGACUUCGCUUUUUUUUCUGGUUUGGGUUUUUUUUUUUUUUUUUUUUUGCAGCGCGUGUGUGCGUGUGUUGUAGUUGUGAGCAUGCAAGGCAACGGCCGUCACCGAAACACGGAUUCAAGGAGAACAUGGACAAAUCGGCAACUUAUAUUUUACAAAUGCACUUUAUAUUUAUUCAUCUUUAGUCUGGAACUGAAGAGGAGCGUUACGGCGCCACUGGACGCUGACAAUUUUGCUUUCAUCCAUGAGGGCGCCCAGGGGUGCCUGGGGGUGCAGGAUCACUCCCUCGUCUUGUCGACCGACUGUCAGGAAGACAGCCAGCGCUGGAAGUGGGUGACCCGGGGUCGCCUGUUCAACCUGGGCUCCUCAAGGUGCCUGGGCGUGACCACUGGUAAUGUCACUUCCAGAUGGGAGAGGUCUCCUCUGGGUGUGUACACCUGCGACCGCGAGCCACCUGGAAUCCGCUGGACCUGGAACUGUGGCCAGGUGUUGGAAAACCUCAACAAUUACCUUCCCUCACCCACGCUCUGGAACUCCUCCGCAACCUCCUUCACUUCAUCGCGCAAGUGGAAAGUGUAUGGCGGUGUGCAGGACCUGUGCUCCAAAACAAAUCGUGAGAUCUACACAAUCCAGGGAAACUCUCAUGGCCGCCCUUGCUAUCUGCCCUUCCUUUAUGACGGCCAGUGGUUCCACAACUGCACCAGUAUUGGCCGUGAGGACGGUCACCUCUGGUGCGCCACCACCUUCGACUACGGCAAAGACGAGCGCUGGGGCUUCUGUCCUGUUAAGAGCAGUGGCUGUGAGACAUUCUGGGAUACCGACACGCUGACAGACAGCUGUUACCAGUUUAACUUCCAGGCUACACUGUCGUGGAGCGAGGCUCGGAUCAGUUGCCAGCAGCAGGGAGCUGACUUGCUUAGCAUCACCAAGCUACAUGAGCAGACUUACAUCAACGGUUUACUGACAGGCUACAGCGCUGCUUUGUGGAUUGGCCUCAAUGACCUGGACAUCCAUGGAGGCUGGCAAUGGGCCGACUCCUCACCGCUGAAAUAUCUCAACUGGGAGAAAGAGCAGCCAAACCAUGCUGAGGAGGAGAACUGUGCUGUGAUAAGAACUGAGUCAUCAGGUCAAUGGCAGAACCGCGAUUGUUCUGUCGCUCUGCCGUACGUCUGCAAGAAGAGGCCCAAUGCCACCCUGGACCCCUUCACCACUGACUCGUGGGCAGAUGAUCAGAAAUAUGAGUGUGAUGUGGGCUGGCAGGCCUUUCAGGCUGGCUGCUACAAGCUGACUUCAGAGAAGACUGACUGGGACACAGCACAGAAAACCUGUCAGAGGAUGGAGGCCAACCUGGUCAGCAUCCACACCCUGCCUGAGCUGGAGUUCAUCAUUCGCAACCUGAAGAAAGACAUUGACCAGCUAUGGAUCGGGCUCCACGACACUGAUAUGCAAAUGGACUUCCAAUGGACCGACCACACGCCCGUCAUCUUCACCUACUGGCACCCGUUUGAACCCAACAACUUCCGCAACACCCCAGAAGAUUGCGUCUCCAUGUGGGGAGCUGAGGGCCGCUGGGAUGACAGUCCCUGUAAUGGUACUCUGGCCUCCAUCUGUAAGAAACCAGGAACAAAGAGUGAUGGGAAGCCACAGCACCAAGACUGCAAACAAGGCUGGAAGUGGCACAGUCCAUCAUGUUACUGGGUCGGAGAAGACCUGUCUACCUUUGAUGAGGCCAGGAAGUCGUGUGAGGCCCAGGGAGCUGCUCUUGUUACUAUUACCAACAGGUUCGAGCAGGCCUUCGCUAGCAGCCUGGUGUUAGGUCGAUCUGGUGACUCCUUCUGGAUUGGUCUCCAUGACCAGGGCAGCCCCGGCUCCUUCCACUGGCUCAGCGGGGACGAAGUGUCCUACACCAACUGGAAUCGUGACCAGCCAGUCAACGUCCACGGCGGCUGCGUUUCCAUGGCGAUGGGCUCUGCAACAGGUCUGUGGGAGGUGAGGGAGUGUGCGUCAUCGAAGGCGAAAUUCAUCUGCCGUCAGAACCAGGACACGUCUCUGAGCCCCGAGCCCCCCGUCCCUCAGCCAACCCCGAGCCUCAGCGGCGCCUGUCCCAGCGGCUGGAAGAGCAACAGCAACCUGCGCUACUGUUACAAGGUGUUUCACUCCUCCCAGCUGGAGAAGAAGCUAGGCUGGCUGCAGGCUCACCUGGCCUGCCGGAGACAAGGAGCUAACCUGCUGAGUAUCAGCAGCCCUGAGGAGGAGCACUUUGUUCUGCAGGUCCUCCAUGAGGCCUUUGGGGAGUCAGAGGACCAUGAGCAGCACUGGUUUUGGAUCGGACUAAACCGCAGAAAUCCAAUGGACAACGGCAGCUGGAAGUGGAGCGAUGGACUGGCUUUUACCUACCAGAACUUUGGCCGUUACUACUACAAUGUCCGGCAAUGUGCUGCAGCAGACUUGGGCACUAUGACCUGGCUGGCCAUGCACUGCGACUCUGAGUUAGACUGGAUCUGCAAAAUCCCCAGAGGUAGUGUCGAGAAGGAACCAGACAUCUCUGAAGGCACCACUUCACUGGAGUGGAUUGGCUUCGAGGAGGCUGAGUAUAAGUUUUUUGACCAUCGCACCACCUGGGACCAGGCCCAGAGGAUUUGCUCUUGGUUCGACUCCUCACUGGCUUCCGUCCACUCAGCAGCAGAAGAAACUUUCCUGGCCAACACUUUGGACAAGAUGGUGAAGGUGGCAGGUGAUGACUGGUGGCUGGGGCUUCACACCUUCGAAAACGAUGGCCGUUUCCGUUGGUCUGACCACUCUGUGCUCAAUUAUGUGUCCUGGGACCUUGGCAGGCCACAUCCACUCAGCCGUGAUCGUAGAUGUGUCCACCUGUCCACCCCCAAAGCAGGGUGGGCUGAUAAGAAGUGCCACUCUGACCUGCCCUACAUCUGUAAGAGAGUGAAUGUCACAGGCACCAUUCCUCCAACGCCAUCAACACCCCACCCACCUGCAGGCUGUCCUGACGGCUGGUCUUCUUUUCAACAUAAGUGUUUCAGAGCAUUUGAUCAUCCAAACCGAGUCACAUGGUCUGCAGCCAAGUUGAAAUGUGACAUUCAGGGAGGUGUACUUGCCAUCGUGUCCAAUCAUUUGGAGCAAGCCUUCGUCACCACCCUGCUUAAAAAUACCAGUGUUGACUUUUGGGUGGGUCUAACCUCAGACUCUAAAGGUCAUUUCCAGUGGGCCAAAGCUGGCCUGCUCAGCUACACCAACUGGGCUCCUGGAGAGCCACUCGACAACAGUGGCCCGCACCACAACAGGACCCCCGGAAACUGUGUGGCGAUGAUUCAUGGGAACCCAGUGAAGAACACUGGCAUGUGGGGCUCCCGAGCCUGUGAGAUGGAAAGCAAUGGCUUCAUCUGUCAAAGGCAACAAGACUCAGGUAUCCCUCCGGCCCCGGUUCUCAUCCCUGCCACCCUGUUAAAGCCUGUGGAACUGGGUGGGGUGACGUACCGGAUUGUGCAGAAGCGUCUGGACUGGACCGGAGCUCUGCACCUCUGUGAAUCUUUAAAUGGGACCCUGGCCACCGUGACAGAUCCUUACCAGCAGGGUUACCUCACACUGCUCAUCAACAGCCUGCACCAGCCUGCCUGGAUCGGUCUCUACAAUUAUGGAGGACGGAGCUUCACCUGGCUGGGUGAAGAAGAAGUGCAGUAUUCAAACUGGAAAGAUGGGGAACCCUUCCACAUGGCGGGAUGCGGUCACAUGACCACUACUGGGCACUGGACUAUGACUCCCUGUGAUGCCAAACUGGACGCUGCUAUCUGUCAAAUCAGUGAUGAGCCUGUGUUUCACAAUUGGAUCUACCCCGGCCAGUGCCCCCACUCUGUGGGUGAGUGGGCUUGGGUGCCCUUCAGAAACCACUGUUACGCCUUCAACCUGCAAAGCCUUAGACUGCCGCAGGAUGCACGCUCAUCCUGCAAAAAAGUGGGAGCUGAACUUCUCUCUAUCUUGGAUGAGACAGAGAACGGAUUUGUGUGGGAACACAUCCAGAGUUAUGCAGAGCAGGCGCAUGGAGCUUGGCUGGGCAUCAGCGUGAAAGGUAGAGGUCUAGUGUGGAGCGAGGACACAGAGAUGUCGUACACCAACUGGGAGACGCAUGACGUCGCCUUCUCUGUUCUGUCUCCAAACUCCUGCUUCUGGAUCCAGAGCAACAGCGGCCUGUGGAAGCCAGGCUCCUGCAGAAAUCGAACACAUGGGGUCAUCUGCAAACUGCCUCGCGUUGUUGAAACCUCAGCUACAACAAUGGACAGCAACCACCUACCCACUCUGAUUGUUGUGAUGGUGGCAGGCCUGGUGCUGGUGGCGCUGAUCGUCGGCGUAAUCUACUUGUACCGUCGGCGAACUGUUGGGUCCCGGGGGUCCUACGAGGGGGCUCGUUACAGCCGCACUAGCUCCAACCUGGCAGAGCAGGUGGAGAAGAACAUCCUGGUGUCUGACAUGGAGCUGAACGAGCAGGCGGAGUAGCACAGCCGGCCCGGAACGACUGAACCCGGGAUUGGACCCAACCUGACACAGGAGAGGCUGACUCAGACACACUUUGGGCAUUUAUGUUUUUGUUGUCUCUUUUGAAACCAAAAAAAGAUUUUUAAAAGUGCUGAAGGGCUGUGUAGAGCGCAGCAGAUGUUUAGUUUUAAAUUGAAUCCCUGAGUUUCUCAAUCCUCUUUCAUCAAGACUUAACAGUUCAAGCAAUUUCUCUCCGGACAAAUCAGAUCAUUCAGCUUUUCCCCAAAAGCAUUCACGAAGGCCAUAAAUGGAUCUACUGGGAAUUUAGUAUUAUCGCAGCUGGAAAGGUUCGACAUAAAUCGGUUUUAUGAAAUGACUCCUCGCUGUCUUCCCUGGUGCCAGUGUAAAUUUUUGCUCGGUGUAUAUUUUCUUUGUUGUUCCCAUUUUGAUUGAAAGACUCACACAACAAAAAAGUACCAUCACAGCCAACUCUGAACUAAAACCAUUUGUCUCGUCCUCUAAAUACACAGUCACAAUAUUCUUCAGGACCAAAUUCACUUUUUUAAAUUUGCUUUUCUUU